AUGCCAUUGCUCAUUUUCGGGCUCUCACCCGGCCUCCUAUUCCUAGCGACGGCCAGCCUGGCCCUCGUACUGUACCUCACCAAGCAAAUUCGCAAGGUUGGCUCCCGUCCCAAAAGCCUCCCCGCCGGGCCGCCUACGGAGGCCAUUUGGGGAAACAUGAAACAGCUGGAUUUGUUCUUCCCGCAGUACCAGUACACUAAGUGGGCAAAGAAGUACGGUCCCGUGUAUAGCAUCAUGCUAGGAGACACGGCGCAUGUGGUUGUGAGCGGGCUGCAGGAGGUGCGUGACAUUUUCAUCAAGCAGGGGGCAAGUUCCCAGUCGCGACCACCCUCACGGUUCCAGCUGCUGAUGCGCGACGGCUACUUCCCGGGCUUGAUGAACGGCGAGAAGUGGCGCCAUGCCCGCAAGAUGUGGCAGACAGUCCUGAACGGCAGUGCUGCCAAGCAGUACAUGCCGUACCAGGAGCUUGAGACCCGCCAGCUACUCUUUGACCUGCUACAGACCCCCAACAGAUGGCGUGAGCAUAUCGAGCGCUACAGCAAUAGCGUGGCCAUGACCAUGGUCAACGGCUGCCGCAUCCCCAGCCCGACCGACCCACGCAUCAAGGAAACCAUCCAGGAUCUGUACGACCUGUCAGAGACGGGCGUGACCGGCGCCUUUUUGGACUCAUGGGCGUUCCUGUGGGCCCUCCCCGAGUGGGUCUUUCCCGUCUGCAAGAAAGCCCGCGACAUCGCGGCCAAGCAUCGGGACCUCAUCUGGCGGAAUUACACUGAUGUCUUGCAACGCACCAGUCAUGGCGAAGCGCUGCCGUCGUUCAACCAUGCCAUCCAGGAGAAACUGAAGCAGGGUUGGCCCGGGGUCACGGAAAUUGAAGGUGCGGAGAUUGGUCACCAUCUCCUAACCGGAACUACCGACACGACGGCAUCUAGCCUGAUCAACUGGGUGGCAGCCAUGGCCCUCAACCAGGAUGCCCAAAGGAAGGCCCAGGAAGAAAUUGACCGGGUGGUGGGUCGCGAUCGACUCCCGACAGACAGUGACGCAGACAGGCUGCCUUAUGUGCGACAGGUCAUCCAAGAGAGCCAGCGAUGGAUCACGGCGGUACCGCUAUCCCUGCCCCGCGCCACCAGCGCACCUGUUCAGUGGGGCCCGUACGAGAUCGCCAAGGAUACCGGCCUCAUCAUGAACUCGUACGCCAUUCACAACGAUCCGGCCCUCUUCCCCAAACCGCAGGAGUUCCUCCCCGAACGAUGGGACGGAAAACCCAAUGCUGGCUACAAUGGCAAUGACCAGCUUCUCUUCACGUUCGGAGCGGGCCGAGGGAUCUGUCCAGGGCAACAUCUUGCCGAACGGAGCCUGUUCCUGGUGGUCUCGCACUAG